GAAAACUGUGGCAACUGUGGUUUGAAGCUGAAGAGCUGCGAGGCACAGAAAAAAAACAACAACGGGAAACGUAGGAAAUGGAGAAGCGCGACCGGAUAGGAAAAUAACCACAGAAAUAUAAAUAUUCCGUGAUGCUUCGAUACUCCAAGGAUCACCGUUAUCGAAGAUAAAUCUUUUUUUUUUUUUUAAAGAAACGGGUCUCGGAUUCAUCUGAGAACUGGGGGGGACGGGAGGGGUCGAUCAUGGGGAACGAAGCGAGCCUGGAAGGAGGCGAAGGGCCGCUGUCUGGUCUGCCGGCGGGGCUGGCACCUGACGGGAAGGGCGGCUUCGUUCGGGUCUCCGACGGCACUCCGGUCAACCUAAGCGAGGAUGAGAGGAGGCAGCUGGCCGUCGCGAUGUCAAGGGCGCAGGGCAGGCAACCUGGAGGUCCAGCAGCCGCACGAAGACCUUCAGAAUCUGAUGCUCAGCAACAAAUAGGGGGUUCCAGGGGCCCAGCUGGUUUAAGUAAAAGUCGAACUGUAGAUGCCUUCAACCAGGGUCCACCAGGCAAACCCACGCCGGGCCGCAGCCCAUCUUCCCUGAGCCUCUUUGAAUCCAGAUUCCGGCAGGAGCCAAAAGGCCCAGAGACUAAAUCAUCCGGCAUGUUUGGCUCCAGCUUCCUCAGUGGGGCAAACCCCCUCAGUGCUGUGUCGUCCAUGACAUCCUCCAUCUCAUCCAUGGGCGAUGCCGUUAACAUUCCCAAGUUUGGACUGUUUGGGGAUGAGGAGGAGGGUGAAGCAUCAGCAAAAGUGGAGAACAAGCAAGGAGGGAAGCCACCAGGGAAGGGCCCCCAACAGGGGCCGGGACCAAAGGGACCACAGCAGGGAGGACCCCCAAAACAAAGUCAAGGCCCUCCUGGGCAGAGUCCAAAGCCAGGUCAAGCCCCCCCUGGUCAGGGACCGAGACAAGGUCAGGGGACACCAGGUCAGGGACUGAAAUCAGGUCCUCCGGGGCAAGGACCACCUGGUCAGGGACCGAGGCAAGGUCAGGGGACACCAGGCCAGGGACUGAAAUCAGGUCCUCCGGGGCAAGGACCACCUGGUCAGGGACCGAGGCAAGGUCAGGGGACACCAGGUCAGGGACUCAAAUCAGGUCCUCCAGGGCAAGGACCACCUGGCCAGGGGCCAAAAUCCAGUCAAGGUCCUCCUGGCCAAGGACCAAGGCAAAGUCAAGGGCCCAAAUCAGAUCAAGGACCCCCUGGGCAGGCCCCCAGGCAAGGUCAAGGACUUGCAGGGCAGCAGUCACCCAGACCAGAUCAGGGGGGACCUUACCAACAAAAAGGCGGACCACCACAACAAGAAGCUGGAAAACCUGGACCAAAACCUCAAGGGCAGCAAGGCUCCAUGCCAGCAAAGGGUGCUGGGCCUCCCGGUCAGCAGGUAGCUGGAAAGCCUGCAGCUGGACUUUGUCCGCUGUGUAAAACCACCCAGCUCAACACUGGAUCUAAGGACCCACCCAAUUACAAUACCUGCACUGAGUGCAAGAACCAGGUCUGCAGCAUGUGUGGCUUCAGCCCACCAGACUCCGCGGGUAAAGAGUGGCUUUGUCUGAACUGUCAGAUGCAGCGAGCGAUGGGAGGAAUGGAUCCCCCUGGAAUGUCAAAGCCCAUGCCAGGCUCAGGCCCUCCCUCGCCUCAGAGACAAGCACCUGGCAAGCCUGGAAAACUGCUCAUAAAGCAGCAGAGCACAUCUGAACAAGGAUUAACGCCACCAACAACACCAAGGCAGAAAUCCCCAGGUCCUUCAUCUCCAGGACCCCUUUCUCCAGGCUCUUCAUUGGGAGGGUCGCCCAAAAUUGACCCCAAGACAGGGCGCCCCAUUCAGCAGAGGUCCAGCCCUCAGCAGUCUCCAGCUAAAGCCAAACAGGAAUCCAGCUUCUUUGGGGGUUUGGGUGGUAUCAGUUUAGGAGGGCUAACGGAUUCAGCUAAACCCCCUGCGGGUGCUGCACAAGCCGCAGAGUCUGUUACAGGGAAACUAUUCAGUGGGUUUGGUGGACUGAUGGAGUCAUCGAAGCCUCCUGCAAAGGCUGCACCAAAGCAGGAGGAAUCUGUGGCUGGAAAGCUGUUUGGGGGUUUAGGGGGGCUGACGGAGUCAGCUAAACCGCCUGGAUCUGCAUCUCAAAUGUUCAGCUUCGGCUCAUCGCUGCUGAGCUCCGCCACCACUCUCGUUUCUGGAGAGGAAACCAAAGUGCCAGAGUCUCCACCUGGCUCACCGGACUCUGGACCAGGUUCUCCUCCGGAUUCUGAUCCCGGUUCCCCUCCCGACUCUCCUUUCUCUGCCCCUGGAUCGCCACUGGAUUCCGGCUCUGCUCCUGACACCCCGCCUGCUGGUUCCAAGAAGCCCCCCAGACACACCUCUGUGGAGCAGGAAGAGAAGUCCCCAGCUGCUGACUCUGCUCAGGCUCCAGCUUCGGUUGCCAAGGGAAACUGCCCUCUGUGUAACCUGGAGCUGAACAUUGGCUCAUCAGACGCCCCCAACUACAGUCUGUGCACCGAAUGCAAGAAGAAAGUCUGCAAUCUCUGCGGAUUCAAUCCUAAUCCUCAUUUAGGAGAGAAAGAAUGGCUUUGUCUGAACUGUCAGACUCAAAAAGCAAUGUCAGGCCAGCUGGGAGAUGUUCCACCACCAUCCAUGGCCUCCUUAAAGAAGCAAGAACCCGCUCCACCCUCUGCCCCCUCCUCUGCCCCUGUUCCCGCUGCUGUAGAUAGCAAACCUGUAGCUGAAGCAGUAGAUCCAACCCCACCCACUUCUGAGAUCAAGAUUAAAACAGAAGAGAACUUGAAAGAGCCUGGAAUGAAAGAAGUGGAGGCUAAAGAAGGCAGUCCCAUGAGUCCCUCAGACCUUGCAAAACUAGAAAGCUCUGUGCUUCCCAUUCUAAAGGCCCAGGUGGACACAGAGCAGGAGGAGAAACAGACUGAUACUUUAAAGAGCCGACGCAAAUUGGAGGUUCUUCCUCUCUCGCCUGAUUCUUCUAGUUCAGAAGAGGUCAAAGAACUUUCAGAGAACACCAAAAGUACUGCGAAGAAAAAGCUUCUUGUGCCAAUGGAUAUCAAGGCAGAUUCCCUGGACGAUAGCAGCGAAAGCUUUGGAAAAGAAAGCCCAAUGUCAGGAGAUGAUGAGGAGUUUAUCAGAAAACAGAUAAUAGAAAUGAGUGAGAAUGAGGAUGCUUCUCCAUCGGAUGAGGAAAGCUUAGUCAGGCGAAAGAUCAGAGAGGAUGAGAGGAAGCAAAAAGACGAGAAGAAAGAGACUGUAGAGAAAAGCACACUAGGAAAAACAAGACGAUUAACUAAGAAAACAACUAUCAGUCCUGAUGAUGACGAUGUUAAGGAAAUCACAGCCUCAGUCGAUAAAUCUAAGGAGGAUGUACAAAAACAAAAAGAAGAGUUUCAGAACAGUGAUGCAGUUCGCAAAAUACAAACGUUUGAGCUGAAUGUAACCAGCAGCCCUAUAUGUAUUCCCAGUGCAGACGGAGAGCCUGAAAUGGAAAGUCUGACAGACUCUCCAGAUGAUCGGUCCAGGGGAGAGGGGUCAUCUAGUCUACAUGCGUCUAGCUUCACACCAGGAACAUCACCAACGUCUCUCUCGUCCCUCGAUGAGGACAGUGACAGCAGCAGUCCCAGUCAUGUCCAUACUGGUGAGGGUAAACAGCACAGAAAGGCCAAGCACCGACAGGCUGGGCAAAUGCUGCCAACCAUUGAGGACUCGUCAGAGGAGGAAGAACUACGGGAGGAGGAGGAACUACUUAGAGAGCAAGAAAAACAAAAGGGCUCAGGGAAAAAAUCCAAAAAAGACAAAGAUGAGAUUCGAGCCCAAAGAAGGCGCGAGCAUACAAAGACACCUCCAAGCAAUCUUUCUCCAAUUGAAGAUGCCUCACCAACUGAAGAACAGAGACAGGAAGCUGAAAUGGAGGAGAUCAGACGGUCGUCCUGCUCUGAUUUUUCCCCCAGUAUUGAAUCAGAUCCUGAAGGGUUUGAGAUCCAUGCUGCAAAGAUUGCAGCAGUCCAAAAGACAUAUCAGCUGCCUACAUCUGUAUCUCUUUACUCCCCAACAGAUGAUCAAGACCCUGAUAAAUCUCAGAAGAAAGCUCUCAAAUCUGCUGAUGAGGCCUAUGAAGAAAUCAUGCUAAGGGCUAAAUCUCCAACAAUUGAUAAAGGUGAAAUUCAAGCAGAGAAAGAAUCUGUUUAUGGAGGCAUACUGAUUGAAGACUAUGUCUAUCCAUCCCUUCUUGACAAUUCUUUUGAUCGGGAAGAGCCAGAGAAAAUUUCCGUUCCUGCUGAACCUAAAAAAUUGAGGUCUCCAGAUGAAGUUUAUGAGGACAUGAUUAAGAAAAGAAAGGAAUUUAUGCAGCUAGAGCAGGAAUAUGAAAACAUAAAGCCGAAAAACGAAAGCCCCAAUCCAGAAAUCGUGCUGCAACCUGCUGAGAAUACUUUUCCCGAAAGCAGCACAGUAACAUUAGGCAAAGAUGGGAAGCCAUUGUUAGAUGCUGAAGCUGCGUAUGAAGAACUAAUGAAAAGAGUUCUGACACCAGGAACAAGCCCAACUCAGCCUGAGCCAGAAGUGGAAACUACAUCAUCAAAAAAGGUUCUUCACCCCAUUCCGGACUUAAGGGUAACACAGUGCUCUUCUGGAGAGUUAUCCUCUGAUGAUGAAAGUAUAGUUAAAAAGGAGCAGGAGGUCACAGAAAUAUCAGAUACGACAUCAGCAAAGGAAUCUGAGCCCAUGAAAGAAGUGUCUGAGGCUCCCCCAUCGACUACAGCAAAAGAGCAGCCUGAAACCUCAGCAUCUCAGGCUGAACUUGUGGACCUUUCAAGUACCUUUCCAAGAUCAUCAGCUCCCGUGAUUUCUAAUGUGUCUCCCCUACCAACAGUCCCCCAGUACACGCCUGGUAUAUCUAGUGUAGUGUCGACAGCCCCCCCUGUCCCCCCUAAACCAAAUAUUUUGCGCAGGGCUAAUUCUCAGGAAAAAGGAGAAGAUCCUGUUGCACCAUCCCAGCCUCCUCCCACCCCACCAAAACCCACAGUUUUUCCUAGGAAGGCUCCAGUUCCACUCCCUCCGCAGACUUCACCACCUUUGAAAAAACCCGAGCCAGUGGCUAUGACUUCACCCCAAGGAUCACCUGUCAGACAAGCCGUAACUCCAACGUACAAACCUCAUAUUCCACCUCCUGUUCCUCCAAAGCCAGCCAUUCCUGUUGGGAUGGUGGACAGUCACAGACCAGGACAUGGUGUAAAACCACCAAUUGCACCAAAGCCUGGUUCACAGCCACCUUCACCUGCGCACGCCCCUCUACCAACAAGACCUACUGUACUUCCCACUUGUAUGAAUGACUCAGUCCUUAAUUUGAGCCCUUCUACAGAGGGCAAGACAUUUCAACCUUCACCAAAAUCUCCUUCUUCUCCAAGAUAUGCCAGCAAUCUUCGUGAUACAUAUGUAGUCAUCACACUGCCAUCCCAGCCUAGCUCUCCAGUUGACAAUGUCACAACUCAAGCCCCUUCUGGCCCUGGACCAGCAUUUCCCUCACAGCAAGCUCAGCAUGAAAGCUAUUAUCAACCACAGCUUCAACAAUCAUAUCCUCAGCAACAUCAACAACCAACUCCUCCUCCUCAGCCAACUAGAGUACCUCUGGCAUACACACGUGUCACAGAGUCUAUUGAAAAACAGGAGAUUUGUAGCCCGGAAAAACAUGUUUCUAGUUCUUGUCACAUAAUUGAGGCUAUAUCUGCUUCAGCCCAACCAUCUGUUUUGCCUAACCUCAUAUCUCAAGUGGUUACUACUGAAGUUCAAAGAACCACUGUUUCUGUUGUUCAUGAAAAAACACCACCACCAGUACCGGCUCCAAGGGCAACUGGUGUCCCGUUGUCAAUGGAGAAACCUAAGUCUCCCAUACUAGCUCAGACUGAAACAACUUCUCUACCCUCUGAGGUGGUAGAUCUUAGAACUGUGAAGGUGGAUUCAGAUUUGAAUAUGAAUGGUGUUGAUCUGUCCACUGGCCCAGAUUCAAGACGUCAGUCUUUUGUAAGUGACGUCAGUCGUCACACCAGUGCAGUUCAAUCACCUGUGGUCAACCUCAGCACUGAAUCAUCCACUGUUUCUAUACUGACUGACAGCAUCACUAUUGUGACCUGUUCUGCCACAAUCCAGCAAUGUGACAAUUUAGAGAUAACUCCAGCCUCUUCAGUGCCCCUUCAGCUAACCAAAAACAAGGCAUUUGAACCUGUUUCUCAAAUAGUAUAUCGGCCAGUUGAAUCUCAGCCCUCCACUUUUGCUACUACAGAAAUCCCAAUUAACCUUUCAGUCGGAUCAAAUACUGGUGUCGGAGAUUUCCAAUCUAUGCCAAUCACCGUUGCACCCCCUUCUGUUGUAACCAGUGUUGCCAAUGGAUUAACUACAGGAAGAACCACAGUGGCAGGAGCUGUUGACCUUAGUACCUCAAAACCUUUCAAUACUGUCGUUUCAGUUGAUAUGACAUCUGCAGAUAUGGUUACAAGCAUAAUCACAGAUGAUGGAAAACCAGUGGAUCUUACAGCAGGGAAGAGAGCUGUAUGCUGUGAUGUUGUGUACAAGCUGCCAUUUGCAGGAAGUUGUACAACUCAGCAGCCUACCACGCCUUUGCCUGAAGAUCGUUUUGGAUAUCGGGAUGACCAUUAUCAGUUUGACCGGACACCUUAUGGCAUGAGAGGAUUUGGCGGCAUUAAACCCUCCAUGUCAGACACCAAUCUCGCAGAAGCUGGGCUGUUCAUGUACAAGAGUAAGAACAGUUAUAAUUUCAGUGUCACGACAGAUGGAGCAGUAGAUCUCACCUCAGCAAAGAUAUCAGAUGCAGGUGAAGCUGUUGACUACUCUAAGAAAGGAAGUUUUUCAGGAAUGACAAUCCCACCAUAUUCCCAUUCAAGUGUCACAAGCGCUGUCAGUUCACUCUUUGGCACAAGCAGUGUUUUAAGGUCAUCUAAUGGAGUGGUCUAUUCCUCGGUUGCUGCACCAGUCCCAUCAACUUAUGCAAUUACUACUCAGCCAGGAUCCAUAUUUAGUACAGCAUAUAAUACCUUUUCAGGUAUGCACACAAGUGACACCAUGCCUUCUCUGUCCAAUCUCCAGAAUGUACCACUUACUAGAUCUCAAAGUUUUCUCUCCACCAUUUCCACAACAGAAGAACAAGGAGAUGCUCCUCUUAAUCUGGAGAUCUCCAAGGGAGCUAUUACUGCUGUCAAUGGUACAACCACAGCAACGACAUCAUUAUCCCUUGACACAUAUACAGAUGCAUCCCUGGAGGCUAUAGCUGCUUCACUAGAAGCUCUAUCUUCCCCCAUGGUUCCUGGAGAUGGCCAGUAUCUGGCAGAGCGAGAGAGGCUGGAAAUGGAAAAGCUAAAGCAGCAACGCUUGGCAGAGGAAUUAGAAUGGGAGCGGCAGGAGAUUCAAAGAUUCCGUGAACAAGAACAGCUCCUGGUACAGAAGGAAUUGGAAGAGUUGCAAGCAAUGAAGCAGCAGAUCCUGACUCAACAAGAAGAGGAAAGACAAGCUCAUCUUAUGAUGCAAAAGGAAACCUAUGCCCAACAACAGCAGCAGCUCGAGCAAAUACAAAGACUCCAAGAACAGUUGCGAUUACAGUUAGAAGAGCAAAAGCUUCGUCAGAUGUACCCAGGUGCAGACAUCCCAGGACACGGUGUGCAGGAGGCCAUUGUCUUAGGACCUGAUGGCACAGUGCUUUCUCGAAAAAUUACUGAUAGUGGAUGUCAGACUGAUGAGGAAGAUGAAGUGUUGACCAAAGCUUACACAGCAGGGAGAAAAAAGAAAAGUGUUAAAAAGAGUGUUGAUAGUUGUGUGCAAACUGAUGACGAGGAUCAAGAAGAAUGGGAGGCUCAGAAAAGCCGACAAAGUCGUCCUCGUACUGCCAGAGGUGAUAGGGGUGGGCAGUCAGGGAUGUCUCUUCAAGCCCACACUGAAAUUUCCAUACAAACCGACACAGAGGGGAAUAUUCGGAUGGACACACGAAUGGAGCUAUCAGACUCAGAGAGGACCUCACCAAAGAAACGUCCUACUCCCUUAGAAAUAACCCAGUCUGCAAACCUUAAACCAGAAUUUUCUUCCCUUCAAGCCCACCCUAAAUCCCCCAAAGUACUCUAUUCUCCUGUAUCUCCAUGUAUAUCACCUAGUAAAUCCCUUGAGUUUGUUUCCUAUGACAAGUCCCUAGGCGAUACAAGCCCACAGAAGCUAAGAGAAAGUAUUGAUCCAUCAAAAUCCUCUCCAGCAAGUCCUCGAGGACAAAAAAACAUGCAGCGAUCCAUGUCUGAUCCAAAACCCAUGAGUCCAACAGGAGAAGAAAGAGCAACAUCUGGCACCCAAUAUGAUGAUGGCCAUCCCGGCAAAGGAUCAGGCGGCACUCCCACGGGCACUCAAAAGAAGGUUAAAAGGACUCUUCCUAAUCCUCCAUCCGAGGAAGAGUCUACAACAAGUGGACAGACAGCAUACACCACAAACUCUGCCCGUCGAAGAAUGUGUCGCAAUUCUAACAUGGCACGUGCCAAGAUCCUUCAAGACAUUGAUCGGGAGCUAGAUCUGGUCGAGCGGGAGUCCUCCAAGCUCCGCAAAAGACAGGCAGAAUUAGAUGAAGAGGAGAAAGAGAUUGAUGCUAAGCUUAGGUAUUUGGAGAUGGGAAUCAAUCGUAGAAAAGAUGCACUUUUAAUGGAAAGAGAGAAAAGAGAAAGGGCCUACUUGCAGAGUGUUGCAGAGGAUAGAGACUACAUGUCAGACAGUGAGGUCAGUAACAUCCGAGAGACUAGGAGUGUUCGAGAAGGUGCAGAAGAUGAGGACAUUGAGGAUCAUGGUCUUGAACGCCCCAGAACAGCUCCUCACUCUGAACUUGAUGAUUUUGUUCCUCCCCAAACCAAGCAUGAGUAUGGAAAAUACUCUCAGUACCAAUAUCCUCAAAGUCAAUAUCAGCACUCUAUCUAUCAGACUCCACAAUCCUACCAAUCUCACUCUAUCUACUCCUCUGUUCCUUCACUCACUACCGCCCAACAGCAGAGUUACCAGCAGAUGCUCCUGUUGCAGCAGAAAGCAGCCAGACAAGUGGCCCUCCUGUCAGAGCUCGAUGCAACUAAAUAUGAUGUAAUUAGCCGACAGCCUGAUCCCACGUCAUCAGCUUAUCUUGGUGUCAAGUAUGACAAAUAUGGUAACCAUCUAGACCUCAGAGCCCUGGAAGUGGGCAGUAUAGCAGGUAGCCCAAUGUCAGCUGUUUCUGAUUCGUACUACACAGAGGUGGAACAUCACACACCUCGAAGUUACAUGCUACUGGAAGAUGCUGCAGAGCUAGCUAAGACGUCCACAGGUCUGUCUUCUUCCUAUAGUCUAGCUGAGAGGGAGCUGGCUAAGGCAGAAAAGCUUUUGCGUAGAAGUGCUGCAGAUCUAGGGUCUACUGACUAUCUGGGCUCCACCUCUAGGCUCCAUACUUUUGGCAAGACGCCCGAUGAAGAGGAUACAAUGGAGGAACCAUAUGAAUUGAAACUUCUGAAGCAGCAGCUCAAGCAGGAGUUUAGGAGGAGUACAGGUGGGACAGAAAACUUAGAACAACUGACAGGUCUCUCCCAACACUAUUAUGCUCCAAGCUCUAGUGUAUCUAGUUACUCCCAAAGACACUAUCCAAAGUCAGAAAAAUACAGCAUCAGUCGACUUACUCUUGAAAAGCAGGCAGCAAAACAACUCCCAGCAUCAGUGCUGUACCAAAAACACAAAACUCCACUACUAGAUCCUAAACUCUCCACCAAGUAUUCAUCUAUUACAGACAGCAGGGGUGUGGAAACAGAUUAUAACUAUUUGGGAUCUACCAGUGCAUCCCCAAGAUCCAGUAGGUUGCUGCAGGAUGAAAUUACAUUUGGCCUUCGUAAAAAUAUUGCAGAGCAACAGAAGUAUCUUGGUUCUACCUUGGGAGCAAAUUUAGCUGGUUCCCUAAAUCUGGGCCAGAGCUUGGGCUUAGACUCUGCUUACCCUAGUGGUAGCCGGUCAAGACCCUCCUCCAGACCUACAUCUUGCUACGGCCUGGACUUGUCAAUCAAAAGGGACCUUUCAAGCUCAUCCCUGAGGCUCAAAGGAGAUGGAGAAUCAUCUGGAGAUGGCCCAAGUUACCAAACCCCCUCUGGUCGCACCAAACCCACUAGCCUUCCCAUUGUGCAAAGUGGCCGUGGUCGGAUACCUAUUGUGGCACAAAACUCAGAAGAAGAGAGUCCGUUGAGCCCUGUUGGGCAACCAAUGGGUAUGGCUCGUGCAUCAGCUGGUCCUCUGCCACCCAUCUCAGCUGACUCAAGAGACCAGUUUGGUUCCUGCAUGUCCCUACAAGAUUCCCAGCAGCAGCAACAUAUUAGAGAAGAGCCAACAAGGGGUAGGAGUUAUGUACCGCUGGAUGAUCUACAGGGCACAAUGUCUGAUAGUGAAGCCCUAUGUGAUUCCCUGAUGGCUUUGAACAGAGACGAUGCAACUAAUGCCUAUCACCUCAGACGAGAAGAGACAGACUGGUUUGACAAACCGAGAGAUGGACGGCCAGAGAACGGACAGGAAAAGAGACAGGGAAAAGGCCCAUACUAUCCGUUCCCUCACCUCAGGGUCAAACUGCAGAGGGAUCUCAAAGACCGCAGUGUCACAGGAAAUGGUUUGGGUAUCCGUGUAGUUGGAGGAAAGGAGGUUCCAGGUGGGAAUGGGGACAUUGGAGCCUACGUUGCCAAAGUCCUACCUGGUGGAGCCGCAGAACAGACAGGAAAAAUUCUUGAAGGAAUGCAAGUCUUGGAGUGGAACGGUGUUCUUCUGACGGGAAAAACGUAUGAGGAAGUUCAGGGAUUGGUUGGACUGCUGUGUAAUGAGGCAGAAGUGUGUGUCAGACUUGAUCUUAACAUGCUGGCUGAGUCUGAAGAUUCUCAGCACCUUGAUGUGCCGGAGCACAGCAAAGGGGAAAAACCUCCCAGGUCUCCAGGCGUUGAUCCCAAACAGCUGGCGGCCGAGCUGCAGAAAGUCUCCCAGCAGCAGGGACCCCUGUCCGCAUCAACCUCGAGCCUGGCCGCACCAACCUCUGCGACAUCCAGCCCCGGUCAGCCCGGAUCGCCCUCCGUCAGCAAGAAGCGCCACUCCAGCAAGGCAACAGAAGGCUCCAAGAUCCACUCUCACCCCAUCUCUGGAGAGAUACAGCUUCAAAUCCACUAUGACAAGCAGCUUGGCAACUUGAUAGUUCACGUCCUGCAAGCCAGAAACCUCGCGCCGAGGGACAACAAUGGCUACUCGGAUCCAUUUGUAAAAGUGUAUCUGCUACCAGGGAGAGGUCAGGUCAUGGUUGUCCAGAAUGCCAGCGCUGAAAACAAGAGGAAAUCCAAACACGCAGGAAGGAGCCUCAAUCCCGAGUGGAACCAGACGGUCAUCUACAAAAACAUCCACCUGGAGCAGCUGAGAAAGAAGACUCUGGAAGUGAGCGUUUGGGACUAUGACAAAGGCUCAUCUAAUGAUUUCUUAGGAGAGGUUCUUAUUGAUCUGUCCAACACAGCCCAGCUGGACAACAUUCCUCGAUGGCUCCCACUUAAGGAGCAAAGCGAAGGCGACCACCACAGACGUUCCCACUCAGGCCAGGGCCGCCACGGUUCCUCCAAACCCUCCUCACAGCACUCGUCCCCUAAAAUCACUGCCUCUGCACACGAUAUUCAGGAGUCCCCUAAAUCAUCUGUCACCAAGAGUCGAAGCCAUGGGAUCUUUCCAGAUCCAGCCAAGGACACACAGGUGGCCCCUAUCGAGAAAUGCCACAGUAGUCCUGGCACAUCGAAGCCUUCCUCGUCCGAGGGCCAGAGCCAAAGCCCAAGCCACGGACACAGCCAGCACUCUCGCUCACAUGGCGCUUCACGCUCCAGCAAAAGCGCUGCAAGGCAGCACCAUCAGGACAGCAGCACUGGAGGCAGCGGAUCUGCUGCCAUAGCACGGGGCGAAGCCCAACAGCAGUCACAGCAGCAGCAGCCGCCGCCACAACGCCUCCCACCAAGACAGAGGAGCCGCCUCUCUCUAAGGCACCAGAGACACAGCGUAGUGGGUGUUCUCACCAUUCAGAGAGCCCAGUCUGACUGGCUGCCUGCCCUGCCAUCGACCAUGUCGGCCAAACGGAGCAGAGCAGACGGCCGGCUCCUGAGCCUCAGGAAAGCCGUGUCAGAGGAGAGGCCGCAGAGCAUCGGAGCUCGGUCGAGCUACAGAUCCAGCGACGCCCCAGUUACUGCGGCCUCGUUAGACAGCGGCCUGAGCGGUAGCGCUUACAGCCUUUUGGACGAAGAAGGAGAGACAAAUGAAGUGGACAGCGCUAUCUUCCAAGUUCCUCGCUUUGGGAAGAUCCCAAACGGCACAGACGCCAUCAAAUCAUCAAUGGGACACAGUGAUGGUGAAGGAAAGACUCAGGUGAUGGGAGAGAUCAAGAUCGCUCUGAAGAGGGAGAUGAGGACAGAGGGGGAGCAUCUGGUCCUGGAGAUCCUCCAGUGUCGCAACAUCACCUACAAGUUCAAGACCCCAGACCACCUGCCUGACCUUUACGUGAAGCUCUAUGUGGUGAACAUUGCCACCCAGAAAAGGAUCAUUAAGAAGAAGACCCGAGUGUGCCGCCAUGACCGUGAGCCAUCCUUCAACGAAACGUUCCGCUUCUGCAUGAACCCAACAGGACACUCGCUACAGCUUUUCCUCGUGUCAAACGGAGGCAAGUUCAUGAAGAAGACCCUCAUCGGGGAGGCUUACGUGUGGCUGGACAAGAUUGACUUGCGCAAACGAGUCGUGAGCUGGCACAAGCUGCUCGCCAGCACGGCUCAGAUCCACUCAUAGAGGGACGCGUCGGACUUUAAAGGGGAGAAAAAAAAGCAAAAAGAUGAUUGGAUUUCGGGGGGAAUCGUCAACCGUUGUUUGGGACUUGGGUGGCUUUUUUUUUGGUUUUGGAUGAUGUUGUCAGCAUAGGAACCUUGGAUUCACGUUUACAUGAAAACGAACACGUUUACAGGGCAUAGGACGCACCGUGGUUAAUCCCGGAAGAGACGCAAACACGCAGGUGCUGCGUUCAGCAGAGGUCAGGUCAACCAGGUAUUACUCACUUCGAUCCACAAACACACACACAUGCUCAUGAUUCAUUUGCACAAUCAUUCCCACCCAGGAGGCCCCUUAGCUCUGAUGUAAAGAUACAGGGACUAGAUACGUGCGUAGAUUAGAAUUUAUUUAUUCGGAUGCUUCGAUCCAGUGACGAUUCUUUUCAUCAGCAUUUAUUGCUUUAUUUAGAGUUUUAUCGAAUUUUAAACCAUUUUAGAAAGCGAAGGCAAAGAAGGAUCUGCCACAGAAUCAUGCUAUUUAUUUUUUUAUUAUAGUCGCAUAGAAUUCUAUUUUCUGUCUCUCAGUUAUUUCUCAGAUGUUUUAGAAGCUCAUGCUUGGGAGGAGCCGCAGUUUCAAACACACUACCUGCCUAGAAUACCAGGUCAAGUAAGAGAAAGAAAACAAGGCCGUAUCAGAUUUUAUGGUUUAAUGAACAAGUGUACUUUUCCUCCUUUGUUUAAUCAAUUUAACUGAAUUUGUUUGAUAAAGUUUUAAUAUAAAUACAUACUAGAUUGGAUAAUAUACAGUAUAUUGUGCACACGAGUCUAAUUGGCAUGCAGCGCCACAUGUUUUGCCACAAAAAAAAAAACACCUCUGAGGCCCACUUUGUAAAUAGUGAAGUGUCAUAGUUGAAGAUGAAAAUUAUUAGAUAAAUAGAUAUCUUUAUCACAGACAAUCAAGUCUUGACGAUUGUGACGUAAAGGUUUUAUUUAUCCAUGAUGCCCCCCCCCCUCUCUCCCCCCUGUAGAAUGUGAUAUAUUGAGCGUACUGAGAUUUCCUGUUUUAUUUUUGCUUCGUGAGAUCCACACACGCUGUGAGUCUCAAAGUGCUGUGAAAACGUAUUCGUUGUUUACAUGUUUCUUCUGUUGUGCUUUUUUUGUCAGACUGAAAUGUUCCAGGACAUCAAGCUAUUUUAAAAUCAGACUAACAUAAUCUAAUUAAUAAAAAA